GCUUGAAUUUUUUGCCCCUCCAACAAACUCGCUCUCUCAUUCAUAAAAACGUCUUUCUUCAAUUUCAAAUCCUUAUACCAAUUUUCAAAAUGAGCUUUGGAGGUCGUGUUUGCUUUAACUGCGGCGAGGCCACACAUCAGGCCCGCGACUGCCCCAAGAAAGGAACUCCUACCUGCUACAACUGCGGUGGACAAGGACAUGUCAGCCGUGAAUGCACUGUAGCUCCCAAGGAGAAGUCCUGCUAUCGUUGCGGUGCUGUCGGUCACAUCUCUCGCGAAUGCCCCCAAGCCGGCGAGAACGAGCGCCCCGCUGGCGGCCAGGAAUGCUAUAAGUGUGGACGCGUCGGCCACAUUGCCAGGAACUGCUCUCAGGGUGGCAGUUACGGUGGUGGCUUUGGAGGCGGCUACGGUGGUCGUCAGCAGACCUGCUACUCCUGCGGUGGUUUCGGCCACAUGGCCCGUGACUGUACUCAAGGCCAGAAGUGCUACAACUGUGGCGAGACAGGUCACGUUUCGCGCGAUUGUCCCACAGAGGCCAAGGGUGAGCGGGUUUGCUACCAGUGCAAGCAGCCGGGCCACAUUCAAAGCGCGUGCCCUAACAACUAAUUGAUAAAUGGAUAACUCAUCAUUAUUCGUCACGCCUCAAAUUGUGCAGUGAACCAGUGUACGGGGAUACUCAUCCAACCGUCCUCUUCAUGACGAUUUGCUUUAUUUGCUCAGCCCCCCCGGCCAGGUCAUAAACCUUGGCCUUACGAACCUGGUUCCGAAAUGACUUAAACCCGUCGGUUAACCACGAUAUCUAUUCAAGAGAUAUCCCUGUACUAUUGAGUCAUACCUUUUACGACUUUCCUGCCUUGCGUGUCUCUCGAGCCACUGGAGAGGUAAUCGAUUUUCAAUACAGUGGGGAUAAUAGUCUCUCGGUUGCGGAUGGAUGGACUGAUGGGAUGAAUGCUCUUAUGUAUUGCGGAAGACUUAGGGAACAAAAAUAUGAACGAAAACGAGAAAGGGAGAGUAAAUGAAGCUGAGUGGAUUUGUGCGCGAUGUAUAGCUUUUGAGAAGGAACCAAUAUCUCACACUAAGGCUUUCCUUCUUUCUCAUUCGUACUAGUCGAGACUCGAGUGUAGUAUGACUAGCUUGUGCUCGAUUGCGUAAACCCAACUGAUCAUGGGGUUACUACAUAAGCAACUCAAGUGACUUUAAUUUAUACUCUAUGAGCUGCAGCUACACAUCAUAGCUCUUUGGAAUCUUGGUACGUCUCCACAGAAACGUUCCUCCUCUUCCCUAUUCAAGCCCCAUUCCUCAUUAAAUGGGUUGAGCGCCAUAUUCAUCACCCUUCC